AUGACCGGUACGACUUCGAUUGUGUCGCGCACUACGCUGUCAGUGUUCAUGACGCGUACCUCUGAAAACCUCCAUCAGACCUCACAUCCUACAUAUGGAGCCGGUUUGGAUGUGAAGCAGAUAGUGGCGGCAGCUGAGAUUGACCUGACGAAGCUAGUGGGUAUGGGUAUGGACAAGAUGAUAGAACCACUCGAUAUCAGGGGUAGUAAGGAGUCGCUCACCCACACCUGGACUGUUCUUGGCUUCAUGGCUUCCAGCCGUGGACGAGAAAGUAGUCGUACAACUGAGUUUCCAGCAAUACAUGCCGUUGUUGGCCCCAAAGUGAUCCGCAACGUAGGAGAGGAGAAAUGUACGGAUAUACAACACGCAUUUGACACCGCACGAGACUAUGACAAAAUCCCCGCCAACCCAGGCUAUAUCGAGCCCGUACUACCCUCGCAGGAAUGGGCGAUCGCCCUCUCGCCGGAAGACAUCCUCACUCGCCACAGAUCACAACACGUCCCGCAAUAUGCUGCAAAACCCAUCAUCAUUCUCGAUGCACGUACCGCUAACGAUGGGAGCGUACUCGUGGUUGCACCGGUGCUCAACGAUGAGACGGGAGCGCUCGAUUUCAAGGCGAUUCGGUUUGAUGCGGCGCGCGUGCCUGCUGCAGCGCUGAACAUACAGAUCGGAAACCAAAGUUUGAAUGACCUCGAACAGCAUCUGGAUGACGACGGCAUAUGGAGGAGGUUCAAGAGCAGAGAUGAACUCGUGGGGAGUGAGGAGGGACAGGGUGCGGCAUAG